AUGUCAGAGAAACAGAAGGGCAUCUCCCUCCGCAAGAAGCGGGGGGACAAGAGCAAGAAGAACGCGCCGCCGCCCACCAUCAGCGCGCCGCGACAGAUUAGUGCGCCCAUGCCCGCAGGCGUCGCUGCUGCUGCUGCCGCUUCACUCCCAAGCUCCGGGCGCCCUUCGAACGAAUCCAGCCGGUCGAGGACCAGACAGGAUGGCCCCCCAUCACAGCCAAGACCGCAGCGGCCAGAUAAGACGGCGGAUCUCGUCAAGAGGAGGUACUCCCAGAAGAUCACGACGCUCCCUAGCGACUUCGGAAAUGGGGAGCCUAUGCCGCAGAUGCCACAAAUGCCUGUUCAGUACAGAGAGAAGAGUCAGACGAGAGAGGGACGGCCGCCCGGAAGCUCCAAUGGACGGGUCCUGCAAGUCGACCCGCGCGCAUUGCGGGACCCCAACCUGGAAGUAGAGCGAUAUGUAUCAACUAUCCUCGCAGACGCCUCUGAAGCAGACAUCAGCCGCUACCAGGACGAGCUGCGCAAGACGAAGCAUCGUACAUCGCUCGACCUCCAGCACAACGUAUACCAAAACCGCACACAGUUUAUCAAGAUCAGUAAAGAAGCAGAGAAGCUCAAGGGCGAAAUGCGGACGCUUCGUCAGUUGAUGUCUGACCUGACAACUACCUUGGAGCAGACAGCAUCAGCUACGGGUGCCGCCAAUGACACCGCGAGCUCGCGAAGAGCUAACCGAAGUUCGAUCGGAGAUCUCAAUCAACUGCGCGCAGGCCAGCUACAGCAGCUUUACAGGGACGUUGAAGGCUCGCAAAAGUAUCUACCCCCAAUACCCGGACGAUAUAUCGUGUGGAAGUCAACGAGAUGGUUCGAACUGGACUCUGCAACCCUCAAGGCAAGGCGAAGAGUGAGACUACUGCUACUAAAUGAUCAUCUCCUUAUCGCAUCAGAAAAAAAGGCACGUAACGAUGUUCCUGGACAGCGUGAUGGCAACAGGGCGAAUAUGGAGUUUACUGCCCAGAGAUGUUUUCCCCUACAGGAUACCCAAGUGAUUAGGACGCCAGAAGAACGCAUCAUUAUACGCGCUGGAUCUGAGUCUUUCACAUACGACACCAAGAAGGAAGACAGUGGUGAUAAAUCCGCUUUCGUGGCUACUUUCCGCAAGACGAAGGAUGACCUGCGCAAGAGCCAAGAAGCGGAUGUACAAGAGAAAGACCGAACGCAAGACUCCUAUAGCCACCUUCUUUCGCGCGACCCUGCCUUCAUGAACAGGACAGAGUUAUUGGACAAUCUCUCAGACGGCAUCAACAACGAACAAGUCAGUACUUUUGUUGACAUUGACGGACAACAGCGCAAUAUCCGGUGGGUAGAAAGUCAACUAGACGAUUUGGACAUUGAGAUCGCGCUCCAACAUUUCCAGGAGGCAGUCCUGAAAGUGGACCGGCUCAAGGCACUUGCAAAGAACAUUAGAAGCAAUGAGAUGGCCAAGACAAUCGUCACCUACAAGGUCAAUGAGCGCGCUGCGAAGCUUGCGAACGUUUUGGUCAAGCACAUGGUAGAGCACAACAACUGGUUCACCUCUGUCAGGCAACACGUGAGUUGGGUAGUCCAACUAGGCUUCGAAGACCGCGCACGAGAAGCCUAUCUGGAAGCUCGCGGUAACCUGAUCAGAACUCGCACGCGGCAAUGCAUAUUCGAAGGCAAUCUCCCAGACUAUAUCUUCCAGAUCUCCUACAUCUAUUUCACCAUCAUCAAGAACACCGUCGACAUGUAUCAGAAGUGCUUCCCACAACAGCUCAUGUCCGCGUGCGUCAAGUGGUCAAAAGAGCACAUCGACCAAUUCAACAUACUAUUAAAAAGGCAGCUAAGUAGCGUGGAUGAAGGCGGCAAUGUGUGGAACGAGUGCUUGAGAUUGGCACAUGAACAUGCUGAGAUGCUGAGGGAGGUUGGACUGGAUUUCACUGAGUUGGUUGGGAAUGGAAUCAGUGAACAGGACGGCGAAGAAGCCCAGCCUGACAACGACACUCCAACUCAUACCAAAUCUGCCAACAGUUUCCCCGCAUCAAGAUUCUGUUCGACUACCACCUCCAAGAUGCCUACCGAAGCAGAGAAUAUCAAUUAUCUAUACUUGGUCCUAACCAACGAUGGCAGCCCUGUCAUUGAUUGGGAAGCCGUCUCCGCCGCGCUCGACCUCAACAAAAGCGCCGUGACAAAGCGAUGGUCGCGUCUUAAGCAGUCCAUGGACAGGAACGAGGUUCCCGGAGGUACAACGUACCAGUUCCUCUGGCUUUGUGUCAAGCACCAUAAGCGAACUCAGCCCCCAAACUGGAGUGAAAUCGCAGCCAAGGCCAAUACUACUUCUGGAGCGGCGUCUAAGCGCUAUUCUCGCAUGAAGAAGGUAUUCGAGGACAACGAAACCGCUCCCGAUGCAGGCACUCCUCGCUCGCCCGUCAAGAACACACCCACCAAGGCCAAGGGUACUCCGAAGUCGGCCGCCAGGAAGCCUCGCAAGGCCACCACUUCCUCUGGCGACGAUCAGGACGACGUUCAAACUACCCCGGCCAGUAAGCGCAAGCGUGCAUCGCCGAAGAAGAAAGUCGCCGCCACCGAUGAGGAAGCCAAGGUCAAGCCUGAGCCAGACAACGAGGGCGAAGAUGAGGACGAUGAGCUCCUAGAUACCAAGCCCAAGCGCGCCAAGGUCGGCAAGAACAAGAUCAAGGUCAUCCCCAAGCCUAAGUCCAAGGAUAUCGUCAAGAAGGAAGAGACCACCGACGACGGCGAGGACUCUUUCGUCGACGCCCAGGAAUCGCUUGACCACCAGGGAGAUGCUCAGGAUGUCCACCACGACAGCUACGCCGUUCAAGAUCAGCUUGAAGAGAUGGUCGGUAAUAUGGACUGA